UUCCUCAUCGCUAGAGACGGCGGAGAUGCGGGGAGUCGGAGGUCCGCUGCUCACCAUCGGGGAUCUCCUCAGCGACCUCGCCGUCGACGGCGGAGAUGAUCCUCUCGCUGCUGGCGGAGAUGCGUCCAUUCCCUCCUCUCCCUCGGAGGCACAACAGGCGGGGAAAGCCGACCCGUCCGACCUCAGCCGGCUCUUCGAGGAACACUACAACAAUUUGAUGAAGGCGCUCCAAGAGAACGAUCCAUCAUGGCCAUCUCAGAUGCUGAAGCUAUGCGCGGCGUUGAAGGCUGCAGAUAAGCUGGUGUGCUCCGCGAACACGGAUGCUGAGCAGUUGAUGGAGAAGGUGAAAGUGCUGGAGGGCGUCCUCGAGAGGGGAGAUCGCGCGGUGGAACAGAUUGUAGAAAGUCUCCAGAGGUCAGGCCUCGCCAAGGAUCAUCGGAGUUCCCAAUCGAAAUCAGCCAGCAAGUAGGGGCAUAGUGGUGCGCUCUUGUGUUUGUCUUGCAAAUGUGGGCUCUUGUCAUUGAUUUGAAAAGAGUUGUAUAUCGAUCUUUGUUCAUGAACUCCUACAGUCUGCUUGUGCUUUAGCACUGUUGGAAUCUUGGAAUGUGUUUGUCUUUAUCUCGAUAUACAUGUUGCUCGUUUCUUCUUCA